AAGUGCAUCAGAACAUGGCGGAGCUGCACGGGUACUUCUCCUCGGCCAACUCCUUCCAGGACUUGUCUGGCAACGUCCUAAGCCAGAGCCGGGAGAAGGUGGCCAAAGCUUGGGAGGCCUUGGAUGAAGUGAUGGAUUUUCUGUUGCAGAACCCUCCUGUAACGUGGCUUGUGGAAUCCUUGGUUUCCCUUGAAGGGGAGCUGCUGGAGACAGAGGAGAAGCCGGAUAUAUUGAAAGUCCUGAAACACUACGAGCCUCAGGACUGCAAAGAUGACUAGCUAGUCAGCUUCCGCCGGCAGACCAACCAAACCCUUUGAGCAGACAGAGACCUAACCCUAAACCUCUACUAGGAGCUUCGGUUUUACUCUAGCCCUCGUGGGAUACCCCCCAAAUGUGACCCCCCCCCAAGUUAAAUAGCCAUAUCCAAUAAACGGAAGGCUUUGUCUUCCACGCAUCCCAGA